AUGGGAUUUCCGAUAACUGGACAGAGAUACAAUUUAGUAUCGUUGGCUUUCUAUCUCGGUUUCCUCGUCUGGGAAUUCCCAACUGUGUAUAUCUCGCAAAAGACCCGCGUCGCGAAAUAUCUUGGUGCAAACAUUGUUGCAUGGGGCGUUAUCCUCAUGCUGCAUGCUGUUGGAACAUCCUUCGGGGCGUUCUUCGCUCUUCGCUUCCUUCUAGGAAUGUGUGAAAGCUGUGUGGCGCCGAGCCUGAUUCUCAUUAUUUCCAUGUUUUACAAGAAGAACGAACAGGCCAGACGCAUUUCGUGGUUCUAUGUCAUGAACGGCAUCACGCAGAUCUUCGGGGGAUUUGUUGCUUAUGGCAUUUCCUUCGACAGCGGUCGACUACUCCCCCCUUACAAGAUCAUGUUCAUUCUUCUGGGAGGGCUCGCUAUCGUGGUUGGAAUUUGUGUUUUGAUAUGGCUACCAGAUUCACCAGUCUGCGCUAACUUCUUCUCAAAAGAAGAAAGAAUUGCAGCUUUAGAACGAGUACGAGAUGAUGCCGGAGGAACGGAAAACAAGCACCUCAAGAAGUAUCAAGUCGUCGAGGCAAUAACAGACAUUAGAACUUGGUUGAUUGUGCUGACUACCCUUCUCAGUGAGUGGAAAUGUAACCUCAACAGGAUUAACGCAGAUCUGGAGACAGCCAGCAUCCCAAACGGUGGCUUAAGCAAUUUCAGCAAUCUCAUUAUCAAAAGUUUUGGAUACACCUCAAAGCAAACACUCAUCUUAUCUACUCCUGGAGGCGCGGUUGCUGCCAUCACCACACUUCUAUGUGGCUGGUACUCGGAUAAGAAGGGCGAACGCAUGAUUCCGAUCGUGUUUUCUUUGAUCCCGACAAUUGCUGGCUCCGGGAUGUUGAUUGGUCUUAACGGUUCUGGAAAAAAAGGAGCGCUCUUGUUUGCCAGCUACGUCAUCGGAACAUUUGGAAGCGCCUUGGCUUCAGUUUAUGCCUACAAUGCGAGCAACACCAAUGGACACACCAAAAAGAGCACCAUUAAUGCCAUGACACUUGUUUCCUUCAGCAUCGGAAACAUUAUUGGAACCGAGACGUUUCUACCCAAAGAUGCUCCCAAUUAUAUUCCAGGCAAGAUUGCCAUUAUGGUACUUUUGACUGUCCAACUUUUCGUAUCCUUCCUCCUCCGUUGGAUCAAUAUGCGAUUAAACGCCAGCAAAAAGGCGAAGGUCGCAGAAGAGAAAAAACGCAGGGGGUGGUCUGACGCAGAUGUUAAGAGGGAGAAGGAAAAGUGCGCUUUUGCUGACCUCACCGACAAAGAGUUCGUGGUACUCUGCUGUGCUCCAUGGAACCAUUGCUGA